AUGGUUGAGAAAAAUUUCACACAGGUGACCUUCUUCAUUCUCUCUGGAUUCUCUAAUCAUCCUGAACUCCAAAUCAGCCUAUUCUUAAUAUUCCUCUUUAUCUAUCUGUUCACUGUUUUGGGGAACCUCGGUCUUAUUGUCUCAAUCAAAAUGGACUCUAAGCUUCAUACUCCCAUGUACUUUUUUCUUAGCCAUUUAGCAUUGAUUGACCUGUGUUAUUCCUCUACAAUUACACCCAAGGCACUGGUAAAUUUCCAAUCCCACCAGAAAACCAUCUCAUUUGUGGGCUGUUUUUUUCAAAUGUACAUUUUUGUGGGUUUGGCAGGUAAUGAAUCUUUUCUUCUUGGCUCCAUGGCCUAUGAUCGCUAUAUAGCAAUCUGCAAUCCCUUACUGUAUUCAGUAAUUAUGUCACAAACAGUUUGUAACUGGUUGGCAGUACUGCCAUUUGUGAUUGCUUUUACGAUUUCUGCAAUAUCAAUCUGUGUGAUAAGUAGCUUGCCGUAUUGUGGUUCUGAUAUCAACCACUUUUUCUGUGACACCACAGCACUUUUGGCUCUUUCCUGUGUUGACACAUUCAACACCGAAAUAAUGAUCUUUAUGUUAGCUGGGUUCAGCAUUGUGUUUCCACUCCUCAUUAUCAUUGUCACUUACACUGCCAUCAUCUCAGCCAUCCUGAGGAUCCCAUCUGCAGCAGGCAGGAAGAAGGCCUUUUCCACAUGUGCAUCUCACCUCACGGGGGUUACUAUCUUCUAUGGUACCCUGAUUUUCACCUAUUUGCAGCCUGAUACCUCCUUAUCCUUGACAAAGGCACAGGUGGCCUCUGUGUUCUAUACCAUUGUCAUCCCAAUGCUCAAUCCACUGAUCUACAGUCUCAGGAACAAAGACGUUAAAGAUGCUCUCCUAAGAGUUCUACUUAGACAUUCUAUUGCCAUGAAAAAUCUAUGGAGGACAUAG